CGUGCUAAGAGGUCGCGAGCAUGACUCAUCAAAAACACUUCAAGGCUUAUAAAAGGAUCGUCGCGCGAACUUCUGCGCACUGCACUUCAGGAGCAGCUCGCGCACUGUCUGAAACACAGCUUUCACGACCUACUUUAUUCUACACGAUGGCUCCCUACACACUCACGUACUUUCCAGUCAAAGGCAGAUGUGGUGCCUUGAAGAUGAUGCUGGCGGACAAUGACCAGCAGCUGAAGGAGAAUAUGGUGUCCAUAGAGGAGUGGAUGAAGGGUGAUAUGAAAGGCAGCUGUUUGUUUGGUUGGUUUAAUUUUUUUGAUGGUGACCUGGUCCUGUAUCAGUCCAAUGCUAUGUUAAGGCAUUUGGGUCGCAAACAUGGUGCAUAUGGAAAAAAUGACUGUGAGGCUUCUCUUAUUGACAUGAUGAAUGAUGCAGUUGAAGAUCUUCGCCUAAAAUACAUAAAGCUGAUCUACCAGGAAUAUGAGACUGGUAAGGAAGCAUACUGCAAAGAUCUGCCCAACCACCUCAAACCAUUUGAAUCUGUUCUGUCCAAAAGCAAAUCUGGAUUCCUAGUUGGUGAUCAGAUCUCAUUUGCUGACUACAACCUGUUCGACCUUCUGCUGAAUCAUAAAGUCCUUUGCUCUGCCUCUCUGGACUCCUUCCCAACUCUCAAGAGCUAUGUGGAUAAGAUUGCUGCCCGGCCCAAAAUCAAAGCCCUCCUGGAGUGUGAAAACUUCAAGAAGCUUCCCAUCAAUGGCAAUGGCAAGCAGUAAUUCAGUAGAACAUUCUCAAACAAUGGCACUUGCUGUUAAAAGGCCUUAACUGGUGCUCUGUGAUUAGCAAAAUAUCUUUGUAUGAAUAUCUAUUUUCUGUGUUUAACUGUUUUUGAUAGUUGUUGCUAACUGAAAUCCAUGUAUCAAUUAUUAUGAACAAUAAAAAAAGUAAACAUCCAGAAUGGUUUCAGUGCUGCUUUAAAGAAUAACUCUAUACCUAUAUAUGAAACAUGUUUUAAAUUGCAUUAAAUAAGUUUUUAAUCAUUUUAAAGUUUAAUAUUUUAGUAACUUUCCAAAAAUGACUUGCGACUCUAUGCUGCCUUUAUUUACAUUAGAUUGGUUAGCGUGAACAUUCAAAUUAUACUUAUUAAAAAAGAUGUAGGUAAAAUGAAGAGCAUUUGUUAAUCUGAGUCUGAGUAAUUCAUUACUAAACUUGAAUUAUAUUUUAUAUAAAUUCAUUCCCUUUGGCUUUUUUACUUAUUCAUUUUCCCUAUUAGUUUUAGUAAUUUGAUUUUUAAAAAAAAAUGUAUUGCAAUAUGUAAUAUAUUUUACUUUUAUAUACAAUAAACUUAUAAUUAAAAUCCAA